AUCCAGUUUGGAUGCGUUUCCUUCUGAUUGGUCAAGGACCCUAGUUCUGUUUAUGACUAGUAGCUUAUGAUUCCAUUAUAAUGCAGAAAUUAUUGUUAAUUUGUUGCACUUACCAACAAGUUACUCCACCAGAAAAUGAUAGUUCAUGGCUUCAGACAUAGAGAAACAUAUUCCAACAGAAGUCACACACAUAUUACAAAGAAAUGAGAGCCAUUACACAGAUACACGUACUGAACACAUGCAUGAGAUCUGUUUCUACAGCAGCCCAGUCUCAUCUGUGGAUGGUUACCCUGGCAACCGCUCGGUCCUCUGUGAUGUAAGCGCUGGUUCAGGAUCCACUCGACUCACUUCUGGCCAUAACGCACCCAUCUGUCACACAGUAUUCCUGAGAAGAUGCGUCCGUGUGCUUCAUUCAAGCUACUUAAUAAUAUCAUUUUGUUGUUGCAAUGCUAAAUUUGUUCCUAUUUUCCUCUUUGACUUUUGACAGUCUGAACAAAAAGUCUUUGACAUCAUAAUUGUAUUGCAUUGUUGUUUUAAAUAUUUAACAUUCCAUAUUAGCACUUAUUCAGUUAUUUUAAUAUACUGUUAAGUCCUUGAGAAGAAUAAAAAAAAAGGCUUUUCAGUGUAGAUAUAGUUACACUUAGAUUUUUCUACGUCCACUUCGCUUCGCCAAAACUGUGUUCAACAUUGAUAAUAAUCAGAAAUGUUUCUUGAGCAGCAAAUCAGCAUGCUUUCUGGUUCCUGGCCGUGUGUGUGUGUGUGUGUGUGUGUGUGUGUGUGUGUGUGCUCCUCCAGACCGCGCGGUGGCGUCCGCGAUCUGUUCUCUGUAUAACCAUCGCUCUGUGGAUCUCGACGAUGAAAUUGACAUUCAAAAAUAACAGCUUCUGUGCUUCUAACAUCACUAAAACAUCAAGCAGACGAAAAACAUUUAGUCGUCAGUCCUGGCACUCAUCACAGUCGUCCCUGGCGUCCCGCCCGUGUGUGUGAGCGCUGGUUCUGAUGAGGUUUUCUCUCUCUGAGCGAUGACUGUCCCAGCUCUCCAGAACAGCGCGGUGUUCUACAGGCGCGUGCUCAGCCGCUUCCCGCAGGACUUCAGCCUGGCGUUCGCCUACGGGUCCGCGGUGUUCAGACAGACCGGAGCUCAGACGGAGAAGAACAUGCUGGACUUUGUGUUUGCUGUGGACGACCCUGUCACGUGGCACACCAUGAACCUCAUCGAGAACCGGAAGCAUUACUCUUUCCUCAGAUACCUGGGACCCAAACACAUCAGCAGCAUUCAGACUGACUAUGGUGCAGGAGUCUACUUCAACACCCUCGUCCCGGCUGAAGACAGGGUGAUCAAGUACGGUGUGAUCAGCACAGACGCUCUGAUCGAAGACCUGCUCCACUGGAAAACCCUGUAUGUAGCAGGCAGACUACACAAACCUGUUCGGAUUCUGCUCCAGAAUGAUCCUGGAAAACUGCGGGACGCUCUCGUAGGGAAUCUGAAGAGUGCCGUGAUCGCUUCGUUUCUCAUGCUGCCAGAGAGUUUCUCCGAGGAAGACCUGUUCCUGCAGAUAGCAGGCUUGUCCUACUCUGCUCGUCUUUGUGUAGGGGAUUUCAGGAUGGUGAUCGGUGAGGAUAAAUCCAAGGUUUCCAACAUCGUGAGAGAGAACAUGACGCAUUUCCGGAAGUUAUAUAACAAUAUUCUUCAGGAGUGCCCUCAGGUGGUGUACAAGCCUCAUCAGGGCCGGCUGGAGGUGGACAAGAGCCCGGAGGGUCAGUUCACGCAGCUCAUGGCUCUUCCUCGCACGCUCCAGCAGCAGAUCACGCGUCUGGUGGAGCGUCCCGGGAAGAACCGAGAUGUGGAGGAGAUCCUGCUGCAGGUGGCACAGGACCCUGACUGUGGCUCGGUCGUGCAGCAAGGCAUUGCGUCAAUCGUGAAAGCCUCCAGUAUAACACAGAGUGCCAAAGGAAUAGCCACCGCUGGUCUGGUCAAAACCGUGUCGUACAGCGCGAAGAAGCUGCAGAAGAUGUGGCGAGGCUGGCGCAGGAGAGCCACGUGACAUAGUGUUAUUUAUUCACAAUCGACUAAUGACUGAAGCAGUGAUUCAUUCUCCAAUGCACAAUAUUCCUGAGAAAACGUCAAUAAAGGUUUUUAAGUGUGAUUGUAAA